AUGAGUAUAUAUAUUGUUUGAUAAACAUGGGAGAGAAAACAUAUGUGAGAAUGGGAGAGGUGGCGGUGGCGGUGGCGGUGGCUGAGACCACGUCCAACAGGAGGAGGAGCAGAAAAACUGUCGGGCAGAAGCCAAAGCCGGUGGUGGUGUCUCGCUAUUUCCAGAAUCAGCCGGUGACCAAGCCGGUGGUGGUUUCUCGCUAUUUCCAGAAUCAGCCGGUGACCAAGCCGGUGGUGGUUUCUCGCUAUUUCCAGAAUCAGCCGGUGACCAAGCCGGUGGUGGUUUCUCGCUAUUUCCAGAAUCAGCCUGUGACCAAGCCGGUGGCUGAUUUCCAGAAUCAGCCGGUGACUAAGCCGGCGGCGGUGGUUUCUCGCUAUUUCCAGAAUCAGCCGGUGGUGGUUUCUCGCUAUUUCCAGACUCAGCCGGUGACUAAGGCGGUGGUGGAAAUAGGGACUCAACCAGAAAACGGUAAGAUAACCUCCUCCGAGUCAAAGUCAGAGUCAAUGUCAGACCAUGUGAAUGUGAAUGCAGUUACUGAAAUUAGAAGCAAGAAAGAAAAGAGAAAGAGGAGACGCCAUGACGCUGACAACGAUGGCAAUUCUAAAAUGACAAAGAAGAAGAAGAAGAAGAAGAAGAAGACUCUUCAAGUAGAGGAGGCAGAUAUUAAUCAAACUAGGAGCGCCAUCUUGAAUUUUGAGGAUAUGCUUUCUCAAUUUGCUUACGAGGGUUGUGGUGUUGAAUGGAAUAAUAAACAUAACAAGAUGCCCAAAACGCUUUCCCAAGGUCUAGAUACUACUAUCUAUCCUUGUAGUCAAGCUAGUAAGACGGGCCGGAACUCAACUGAGGACCAUGCCACUGUGCCUGGAACCGUGAAACAAGCCCAAGUGCAUCCACAGGCUGCAGAGAGGAGGAGGAAGAAUGAAACUCGGCCAUCCACGGAAAUCCGAAAGGUUUCUCAUUACUUCCAAACCUCAAGUAAUGAGUGCAAGGAUACAAAUGUUAAACCCCCUAAACGCCAUUCAAAAUCUCGCGGGGAGACCUUUCAGAAGGAGGCCACCAAAAAAAAUAAUGCAGAUGGCCACUUGUUGCAAAGUACAAACAGGCUCAGGAAGAAAUCUCCUAAAAACAGGGCUACUCUUACCGCUUCACAGAGGAAGGACGAAGCAUACCGAAGGAAAACUCCAGAUAACACGUGGAUUCCUCCUCGCUCUGAAUUUGGUCUCCUCCAAGAAGAUCACUAUCAUGACCCUUGGAGAGUGUUGGUUAUAUGCAUGCUCCUUAAUCGGACAACAGGAACCCAGUUAAAAGAAGUUUUAUCAGAUUUCUUCACUUUGUGUCCUAAUGCAAAGGCUGCUACUGAGGUUGCCACGCGGGAUAUAGAACAGGUUAUAAGAUCUCUUGGUCUACAUAAGAGAGCCGAGAUGAUACAGCGCAUGUCUCAGGAGUAUUUAGGGGAAAGCUGGACCCAUGUACCUGAGUUGCCUGGGGUUGGCAAGUAUGCAGCUGAUGCAUAUGCAAUAUUCUGCACUGGUAUGUGGGAAAGAGUGAAACCUGCUGACCACAAACUAAAUAUAUACUGGGAAUUUCUCCACAGCAUCAAGAGUAAGCCGAGGCCUGCAGUUUUUAUUUGACAGCAUCAACUCUUUUGCCCUUUUGACUGAAGCCAUCUAUCUGAUGGGAAGAUAUUUUUUGAGGAAGGGAGGGUUUUGUACUUUAGAAUGCUGUAAAUGGGUGGUAGAAUGGCGAACCUUGCUUGGAUCAAAAGAUGUAUUUCAAACAUUACUUGGGACCUUCAGAAUUUGUUAAAAUUAUUAUUACUGCGCAUCAUUUUCGUGUUUGACAUAUGUUCUGUUCAGUAGAGAACUACUUUUGUCCU